UUUUUUUUUCCCUCCCUCUUGAAAAUUAAUUAAUUUUUUUUUUUUUGGUUUAAACCGCUCCUACCCCCUCUACAAAUUACGCCGUACUUACUGUACCGGUUGUUAACCUUUGAAAUCAUUUUUUAAUUUUCCCUUUUCCCUUUUUUAAUUUUUUCAUUUAAUUUUUUUUUAUUAAAAUACACUUUUUACCCUCCCUUCCCAUAAUUACUUUUUAUUCUCCGACUUCUCUCUCUGAACAUUCCUUCUUCCUCCAUCCCAAACUCAAAGCCUACCAUUGCCAACACAUUGUCUUUUGGAGCCCUCUUUGAACGCGUCUUCUUCUGGCGCUCUUUGAGCUGCCAUCUAUUGAAGAAGGCGUAGAUCCCAGAUCUUGGCCGCAUACCUAACGCCAUUGUCCCCUUUACUACUUCGCCAUUACCCCAACAUCAUGCCUUGUAUAUCAUGACCACCUACGUCCUGUUUGGGACAUCAUUCUCUUCUGCCCUCUGGGUCGAUUGGUUGUACUAUUGAUCGAUACUGAGAGAGUAUCUUCUUAUUACCUACUUGAUUGAGAUAUUAUCGGAUUAUAUUCUUUCGAAGCAAUUGAAUCCUCCAAACCCUCACCGUCGCCACUAUCACCUUUCGAUUCUCCAUAUACGACCCUCGGACCUAAUCGUCUCUUUAUUCUCAUUUACUUUUUUCUCUCACACAUAACCUUUGUCGUCAUCAAUAUUCUAAUUUCAAAGUGAUGGCACACUUCCGUAGUGGUGACCGACCCUUCUCGUCGAUACAUAACAUUCUGAAGAUGCUACUCUCGCCUCACCAGUCCAACAAGCCUGCUCCACAAGAAAACGAAUUGGCUGAGGACAUCGAUGAACCUCCAGAUCAUCGAUUUCUGAAUACCGCCCCGAUCAAUGUUGACGACGGUGUGGUUUAUGUCAAGUCUCCCACCGCCAUGAGUGACAAGAAGGAAUCCCUCCUUACCCGUGCCCUCAGACACAGUCCGACCUUAAGCCCGUCCGAUAAGCUUCCCUCCCCGCGUGAUCGGUCAUUCUACCGCUCGUACCCUUACAGUAACGUUAGCGGUGUGUCGACGGCUGAAUUGACCAGCGACGGAGGUCUGAGCAGCCCAUCUUUGUCCAGCACUCCAAGCCCACCUCUGCCAACUCAGCUGUCCGCCAAACCUCCCCCGAUGGGUAACAGCACAAAGUUGGCGGCUGAGACUAACGAGUCUACCGUCGAGGCUAACCUCGGACGUAAGAGAUGCAUCAGCUUUGCUUGUGGACGGAAAUCAGAGGAACGGAAAGCCCAACCACCCACACCGCAACGAUCGACCACGCAGAAGAAUGAUAUCACCCCUACUCCCACAGAACCCGUGAAGCGGAGGACGGUCCUCACCUUCGUUUGCCCUGCCCGUGACUCAGAGACGAAACGAGAACGGUCUCCAUGUCGUGGUGUCACUUUAAGGUCACGUCCGCGUGGAUCUCCUGCUCCUAUCGCUCGCAAGGCAUCCCCAGCGAAAGAUACGACCCCGGUCACCCAGAACCAAGAGAAGUCGACCAUCGAGAAGAGGGGCAUCCCCACGAGUGGACUGGGCAAGUUCGAAGAAUCUGAGGCGACUCGUUUCCACGAGUUUGCCAGCUCUGAGGAGGAGGACGAUGAAUGGGUCACCAAAUCUGGUGACUACACCGACAAGAUCACCUUGAAUGACUGCAUGAAGAAAGAGAUUGCGAUCAGAAAACUUGGCGAAGAAGCAGAGGAGGAGGCGCUUGAGGACGAAGAAGAGGAUGACGAGGACGAGGACGAUGCUGACGAUGAUUCAACUGACUCUGACUUAUCGUCAGAUGAUGGUAACGAAUCUGACAAUGAGGCGGGGUUUGCGGACUCGGAUGACGAGAGCAAUGAUGGCUCCGAAUAUGCAUUCUGGGCUCCUGCCACGACUACUGCCGCUACUAGUCCUCUGACCCUCGAUAUUCCUCCUGUUGUUCUACCUCGCAGGGAUUCUAAUACCUCCUUCGACUCUGGUCAUGAUGACUUGAGCCGGAGAUGGCCGCCAGCCCUCUCAGGCAAAGGCAUUCACCGUGCCAAGCCUAUGAAGAUGCGCCCCAGAACUCCCAACCUCCCUGAUAGCACUGACUUCGUUUGUGGAACGUUCGACGAAGACCGCCCCUUGGAAGCUGCCUAUAAAUCCUGCAUUGAGCAACGUCGGCUUUCCAAGCAAAUCUUGAUCCCGCAAGACAUCGACCCUAGUUUCCCGACAUCGGAUGUCGAUGAAGAGGAUGAGGACGACGACGACGAUCUGGCAGAGUCCAUCAUGACUGAUGAGGCAACUCGUGGAAGAGCUGGGGCAGACCAGUCUCGAAAGCUGUCCCCUCGCCUGUCUCCCAAGCGGAUGGUCUCUCCCCCGCCCCCUCGUCGACAUGGUCGCUCGUCCCCCAGACGUUUACGUUCUCCACCGCCGAUGAAAUUGAAGUCCCCCACUAAGGCCGAUCGGACUGCUAGCGAUGAAGUCAGCUAUCUUCAGCCUCCCGGCGUCAACAUCAGCGAGUUGGUUCAGCGCCCGUACAUCACCCGCACCAAAUCGCUGCCUCGUACGCCUAACCCAUUCUUCACCAAACAGGACGAUUCUUAUCGCUGGACGGGUAUUAUCCCUCUUCGGGAGUCUCCUGAGCGUGAAUCAUCUCGCACUCGUGAAGUGCAUACUAGAGGUCCUAUCGAUAUCGUUGAAGGUCUCGAGAAAAAGCGCCAGAAACGCAAAGAAAAGUACUGGCGUCAACACUGCCGCAAAGCUGCUAAAGACCAGAUCCAGCGGCGACCUAUCCCCGGAAAGGGUGCUGAACGGAUGAAGGACCUGGGCCUCGCAGUUGCUGAGAGGUGCCGAGCUUAUGGUGUCGGUGAAGACGCACAGCUCGUCCUAUCCGUUUAGACCCUUCGUGUCUUCUUUGAAAGGGAUUUACGCCUUUCUUGUACAUACUUGAUUAUCUUUAACGAUCACCCGCUCAUUGAACUGUCGUUUCCUACCUGGCUGAUUGUUUUCUGCUUCGGAGGACAUUUGUUUGCAUUUACAGGGCGGAUCGCCUUUGCUUCUUCGUUUCUUGUGAUACAUAUUUGUUACCGGCAUUCCUUUUUAUUACUAUUAUUAUGACAUCCCUUCUGUUGGGAGGCCACUUUUUCCGGUCGGGACUCUGAUUUGGUUUGUUUUCAUCCAUUUUUGUCUUGUUGUAUGGAGGCGGUUCAUGGAGUGUAUACCCCCUUUUUUCAUUUAAUUUUUUUUUUGGUUGAUGCGAUGUAGAUAUCAGGUUCAAACCGACCGAUCAGUGUGCUGAUCCCUCAGAAAUAUUCAAAUUCAAACAAAUCAAAAAAUUAUUUAUAUUA